AUGGCUUUGGAACAUAUAAGGAAAUGUUUAUUUUAUACUAUAGUACUGUAUAUAGAAGUCCUCGCACAGAUUAGAUAUAAUACUCUUUCAACAGCAUUAGUAAGAGCGACAACAUUCGUGCCAAAAGUAACUUUGAAGAUGUGCCUACUCAAACCAGACGUAGGGCCAUGUCGUGGAAAUAUAGAUAUGUAUUACUAUGACCCGACGAGCAGUGAAUGUAAACUAUUCAAAUGGGGCGGCUGCCAAGGAAAUGGUAACAGGUUCGAUACGAAAACUGAAUGUAAUAAUGUCUGUUUGACCAAACCUGACACUCCAAAGAUGCGUCCAAGAUGGUGUUACUUAACAUUUGACUACGGGUUCUGCUUCGGAGCUAUUAACAGAUGGUAUUAUGACCCAAUGUGGAAAGUUUGCAAGCAGAGAAUAUACUCCGGAUGUGGUGGAAACAAGAAUAACUUCUACAGUUUCGAACAAUGCGAGUCCGUUUGUCGUUUCGGUCUUGGAAAAAUACAAGCACCGACAAAAUCAUCAGGUGUUGUGAAGAAGGUGGUGAUAAUCAAUACUAAUUACGCAAAAACUGGACGGGGAAGAACAAGUACUACUAUAGUAGAAAACAACAUUAAGUAA